UUAUUUUCUUUUUGAAUUAUCACAGAGCGCUUGAUAAAUUUCUGUUUUACUUUACUUCAUAUCUCGCAAAAACCACACCUUUAUUUCAAUCAUGGUUCUACAACAGUGAAUGAUAAUAAACUGAUAAUGGAGUCCACACAAUCAAACGAUAAUUUUUCGUCAUAGUACCUGCAAAUACGUCAUUUCCAACAAACAGCUGAUAUGAUAUAAAGUAUAGUUCUUUCGUGCAAUGCAAGGCCGCGAGAAUUCAGUUUAUCAGAGUCGCCUUUGGCGUACGGUCUUCUCGGUUUAACUUGUCUUUCAAGUAUAGCUCCACAAUUUUUUUUGUACAUAAACCGGCAACCUUGGUGAGAAUCGCCUUAGACCUUGGUUACUUUAAUAGAAAAAAAAGUAAAAAUCUCGUCGGUCACGAUGUUAAAGAGUGCUUCCAAAGUGACGAUUAAUACUGGAAAUGUUCUCAACUUGAUCGAUAUUAAGAAAAAGGCUGGGCAAAAUGUUACUGAAGAGCUAUCGGAAAGUAUAAAACUGACAUUAUCAGAAUGGGGUAAUCAGAAAGAAAAGCCAGUUCAGAAUGGAAUAAACGAAGAAUCUAAUCCAAAAACAUCUCAGAUUCACUCGGAUUACAUGGUGGUUUCGACAUCAACGGCGCCAAGAGAAGCGGUUCUCAACAUAACGAGGCCACAUGAUGAUGUACAAAACAAAAUGGCGGAGGAGGAACGAAAGAAUCUGAAGAUCGGUGUUAAAAUCUUCAUUAAUGAAGACAGUACGUCCGCGUUGACGGAGUGCUUGGAAAAAGUAUUUACAGCUUUACGUACAGAGUUCAUAGAGAACGUUAUCCUGGCGUACAAUCCGGACUUGCUUUACAAAGAGGAGCCAUUAGAAGACUCCAAUCUAAAGAACACAUUCACUAAGGCCUCACCCAUAUCACUAGGCAGUAAUGUUGGACGUUUAUCCAGUACAGAGAUGGAAGCAGACAGUGAAGCUGAUGCGAGGAAAUGUGAAGCUAUAUUGCCCGGCAUUAAAGUACUUUGGGCGGUGUUAGAGGAUUAUGUUAAAGAAGGUCGCGUGCACCAGUUGGGUGUGGCAGAUGUAGGCGGCGGGUGCCUACGUAAGUUACACGCGUGGGCGCGAGUCAAACCUGCCAUUGCGCAGAUAAACCUCGCCUCAUGUUGUGUUGUACCGCCUUCACUGCACGCCUUCUGUCGCGCCAAUGAUGUGCAGCUUCUCACACAUGCUGAUCCACCAGAUCUCCUCUCCCUAGCAGCUCUUAAAACUAUAACAGACGCUGGCGUCGGUUGUAACAACUUGGAUUGGUGCGCGAGAUAUCAAGUUCAUAUUAAAUGUAGAGGAGUACUCGCUCUCAAAGGUUACGUGUGCAAGGCGACACUGGGCAAUGCUAUUGAAGCUAAAUAAAUAUACAGAAAUGUAUAACAUACCGCGAAUUCUGUGAUAGGAACACUAUGUGAUAUUCUGAUAUGACUGGAGCAAAUAAAAAUGGAAC